CUCUGACCGGGGAGGGGAGACACAGAUGGGAGGCUCCAAACUUUUAAGUUACAGGAGCCGAAACCCUUCUCCAGUCACUGAGCUGUAGAACCUCCAGGGGAAUAACAAUGUUUCUCGCUAACCAAGGUAUUACUCAUUAACCAAGUGAUACACUAAAUCCCUUCCUUGGCUGCCGGGUCUCCAUGCAAUAACCUCCCCCCCUCUGCUGCUCAUACUGAGCUCGGCCAGAAGGAUGCUGGGGAGAGAGGUCCGGCUGCGCUGGAGAACGUGCGUCCUGCGCCUCCUCGCUAUCUCUCUCGCACUCCUACUCUGUACUCACUUCACUGCGGAGCUCAAGCGGAGGUCCUGGAGCCCAGAAAGACCGGUGCCAAAGAUGGAGAGUACUGACAGGGAUCUCAGUAAUAAGCGGCCAGAGGAAAUGCCAAGCAGAAGGCAGGUGAUCUAUGUGAGGAGAAGCAGUAGCAGCAGCAAGGCUGCCAACCCUCACACUCACCGGAGGGACAAUAAUAAGCCAAUUCGUUGGCAUAUUGACUUACAGCCCUGGGCAAGCUCUUCUCAUUCGCUUGACAGUGAGGCCAUAAGGUUUCUUCGCUACAUAACAACAACUCAAAUCAUCUGCUCUCGCAGGAUGAAGAAUGGACAGACAGAUCAGUCUGUGGAUGCCAGUAAGCCUUGGACUGUCUGCUUAGAUGAGAAAUUUAACUUGGCACAUCAAAUCAGAAAUAAACAAUGUCGUGUCUACUCACUGGGAUUGGGCGAGGAUGACAACAAUUUUGAAGUCAAUAUGGCCAGUGGAGGGUGUGACGUCCAUAGGUUUGACCCAAGCAUUGCAUCUGCACUCAGCCAUGAAGGAGAACGCCUGCGGCACCAUCGUCUUUCCAUUGAUUGGAGGGAUCCUAACCCUGUCAUUGCAAAACAUAAAUUACAUAUUACUACUAAGAAACUUAGUUCCAUUCUUUCUGAAUUUGGUCAUUGGAAGAUCGAUGUUCUUAAAGCAGACAUGGAAAGCGCUGAGUGGAAGAUUCUGGAAAACCUCAUCCUAGAAGGUGUUGUUGAACAAAUAGGACAACUGGUCUUUGAGAUCCACCUUCACUGGCCGGGCUUUGAAGUCAGUGGAAAUGACAGCACUGUUGUCAGAUACUGGUACAGCCUUUUCAAAGAGCUUGAGCGCAAAGACUUUAAACUUUUCUACUCUUACAAAGACUUAUCCAAGCCACAAAUGUUCCUUAAAAAGGAAAUGUUUAAUGCAAGCAGCUGCUACAUACUAAGCUGGGUAAACACUAGAUGGACAUGAUAUGUUUUCAUCUGAACAUUCAGAGCACAGGACUGAAAUAGUAAAAGUCUACACGACGGGAAAAAAAGAAUAGCAAAACAAGUCAGCCACACAUCAAGAAACUCUGCUCCAAGAACCUUUUGGCUAUACAAAAACUGUAGCAUGGGUAGGAUCUGCAUAGUAUAGUUUUGCUAUUGUAUGCUGAACGAACAAAACAUUUGUAGAUUUAUAUAUCAAGUGGCACUAAGAUAUACUUAUGCAAACCUUUGAAACAUUAAUUCCAACAGACAUGCACUUAACCUGCAUUGCAUUACUACUGCUGGAUAUGCAACCUGACAAUGACUAACUCAAUUAACUGAACAUGCAGUCCUAAUAAGGGAUUCACCAGCUUAUAGUCAAAGCAAAAAUAGACAAAAUGGUUUCCACUCCUGUUCUAUAUUACUGCCAUUUUGCAUUGACUAUAAAGGAAAGCAUUCCAUGACCAUUGUCUGUAUUUUUAUUGUAACUUCUACCAGCAAAAACCAUGAUGAUCAAAUACUAUCUGAUAGAAAGCAUAGGGCAGCGAUUGGUAACCUACAGGUUAGGAACCAAAAGUAUAGUUUACUUAUAGUUGUUAAUAAUUAGUUUAUUAAUACUCCCAACAUAAUGAUUUACUGAACCACUGCAGUCUGUUUAUUAGACCAGAGAAAUCAGUUUUGAACUUUCUGCAGUUGAGUGGCUUCAAGCAGGAAAAAAUAGUAAAAGGCAAAGUCUUGUGUCGAUACUAUGAUAGCAUCCUCAUGAUGGCCACACUUGAUAAAAAAAAAAAAAAAUAGGACUGCCCCUUCCAAAACAACCCUGUGUUCUUUUACCCUAAAGAAUACGUUUUCUUGUUCCAUCCACAAGCAACGUCAGCAUGAAGUUUUUGUUGGUCCCAAUCCAGGGCUAAACAGAUUUGCUGUUUAUCUUUGUCCACCACCAUUCUAUGCUCUCUAGACAUAGGGGCAGACAAAACAUAAGCUUGAGUCAACUUUGAUAUGGUACGUAAGAGAAACAUUUUUUAAAAACUCCCCUAAACUCGACUAAUAGAAAUGUAUUUAAAAAAAAAAAUUGAGUUGAAUUUCACUAUAAAAUUUUUUUAGAGUUUUCAGUUAGACAAUAAAUCUGCCCCUUGGUCUACACUUUAAAAAAAAAAAAUAACGCAAACAUUUUCUAAAGGAUGUUUCUAAUUAAAAUGAAAAAGGAUUUUGGGAGGAAAGUUAUGAAUUUUUGUUAUUUGGGACUCCAACAGAAGAAAACAAUGGCAGAACGGAGGAGAGGUGAGGGCAAAUAUGCUGAAAACAUUUGUUUAUAUAAAGAAUAUAAAUGUCAAACCAGUCAUUUCCAUUGUUGGUCUUACUGGUCCUUUAAUAGUUAGCCAUGCAGCGUGUAGAUUUUCUAUGUGGCAAAUUUAUAAAGAUACCAUUAAAACAAGACAUGAAACCUGCAAGUUAAUUGGCUGCUUUAUAUUAGACAUGUACUGCAGAACUGAAUAGAGAUGAAUGCAGUAGCAUGCUUUCGAGUCAAGUUUGUAGAAAGAACAACAUAACUUUCAGGUCUCCUGAGUUUUGCAUUUUAUUGGUUCAAUAAAGUGUGGCAGUCAGGUAUGGUGACUUGGUUAUAAUAUUAGGGCAACAAAUCUGUCAAUGUUUUACAGAGUCAAUAUUUAUAGUAAGAAGAACACAACUGGAUUGUGUUAUGAUAUGAGAGCUUGAAAUGGUUUGUUAGGUAUUUAUUUAUACCCACAGAUACUGUAUGUUUGCAAUGUGAAAAGAUGUUUUAUGAGGUCUAAAUGACCAAUAAACAAUUGUACAGUUUA